CGCUACUAAUAGUAGUCGUCGAUGGUCUCCUGACUCCCCUCCAUGACUGGCUAUGGCUCUGGCUCUGGCUAUGGAUAUGGAUAUGGAUAUGGAUAUGGCUAUGGCUAUAGCGGGCGCGCUUGACUGCUGGGUGAAAGAGGCAGAGGCAGAAUGUUGAAGUGAAGAAGCAAUUAGUUCUGGUUUGCAAUCAGGCGCUGGCCGUAUGAGUGGGCAUGGCGGGACUGCAAUCUCUGCACGUUCUAUUUUUGGAGGUCGGACUUAACAUACGGCCAGCCUCUUGAGGCCCAACAAACCAUCAGAAGGCAACUAGCGUUAACACUCGCACAGCCCCUUGGGCCGGCUAUAAAAGAGAGACGCGGGCAGGUUGAUCGAGAUUGAGGAGAUCGAACGGGUCUACGAAUCACCUCAAUGUCAUCUUCUGCGGCAAUGGCUGCCAGAGGCCUCUGCCUCUGUCCAUGUCAUAACUUUGUCCAUACUAGCGCAAUGUCAUCGCCUCUUCAGACAGCUGCUAUUGCUGCAACCCUGCCGGCGAUGCCGUCGAUCGCCGUUGCAAGCUCUUUGACGCCCAUGCGCUCGCGCUCCCCUCCUGCCUCUCAAUCCCGAGGGUCGUUGUCUCCUCCCGCCUUCUCUCUGCCGCCAUACUCCCAGAGACGUUGCCGUCGUCUCAUGUCCUUUCCUCCUUUCCCUGUUUCCUCCUCCAGCUUUUCCGUUCCACAUAGCAAUUGUGAUUCGCCGCCUCUGGUCAGACUUUUGUCGAUUCCCAAGGAGAGGGUUGUAACAAUAACUUCAGCAGCGUCAUCGAUGCCGUCCUCGGGUGCGACGACGGCGACAGAGGACGGCAAGGUUGUUGACUUGCCGGAAGCGUUGCUAUUCGACUGUGAUGGAGUGCUCGUCGAUACCGAGAGGGACGGCCAUCGCGUGUCCUUUAACGCAGCUUUUGAGGAGAAAGGUCUCGAUGUGGAAUGGGGUGUAGAUUUAUACGGAGAGCUCCUGAAGAUCGGCGGUGGAAAAGAGAGGAUGACUCACUACUUCAACCAGGUGGGAUGGCCUGUGGGUAGUCCGGAGGGUGAGGGGGAGAGGAAACAAUUCGUGGCCGAUCUUCACAAAACGAAGACACAGCUUUUCAUGUCUAUGGUGGAAACGGGCGCUCUGCCUUUGCGCCCAGGAGUCGCAAGAUUGAUAGACGAAGCGAUGGGCGAAGGAGUAAAGGUGGCGGUUUGCAGCACGUCGAAUGAGAAGGCAGUGUCGGCGAUCGUAAGGGAAAUGCUCGGGCCGGAAAAGGCAGCAGCUAUUCGGAUUUUUGCCGGAGAUGUGGUGCCGAGGAAAAAGCCGGACCCGGCGAUCUACAAUCUAGCGGCGUCUGAACUCAAUGUCGAUCCAACAAGGUGCGUAGUUGUGGAAGAUAGCCACAUUGGUUUGCAAGCAGCAAAAGGCGCCGGCAUGAAGUGCGUCGUCACAAAAAGCGGAUAUACUGCAGACGAAGACUUUUCCAUAGCCGAUGCCAUAUUUGACUGUAUCGGUGAUGCCCCAGAGGAAAGGUUCGGAUUGACAGAUUUGGCCAAACUGUAAUCAUUUUGAUGUUUAUGUUUAUGCUUGUUCAUAACUUCAUCUAUCUUGUCAGGGGCGGGCUGUGACAAACACUGUCACAGCCCGCCCCUGAUGUAUAGUGUCAUGUUUAUUGUCACCGAUGUAUAGUGCCACAGUGUCAGUGUCAGUAUCAGCGUCAUGUUUAUUGUCACAAAGAAGAACAUGCGAACCGCGGGCAGGAGGGAAGGAGGGAAGGAGGGAAGGAGGGAAGGAGGCGACAAAAUAUCCAUGAAGGGUUGAGACAGACUGUUCUGUUCGACGUUCACCCCCUCGUCAAGGGGUCUGAACCCUGAAAAAAAAACAGUCUGUAGAGGCCCCUAGGCCCCCUACCAACGCUUUUAAGCCGUAAUUAAUCGGUUUUUGACUCUCGAGUCGUUUGACCCAAAAUCAAAGCGGAAAAUGGAAUAUCACCCACUCCGACAGAAUGCAAGAAUUCACAGACUAUCUGUUUUUUGCACUGCUCUCAUAUGUAGCACGUCACAGUCACAGUCGGGAUCCUGACAUCUGGACGGCCAUCUGGACAGGUAUGGAGCUGGAAUUGGUUGUAUGCAACGUGGUCCAUUCUGGAAGAAUAGCACUGCGCUUUAUUUUUUCUGCGUGGCUGCAGUUGGACGGGAUGAUCCUGCCCUGCCUGCCCCCUGAUUGCACUCUCUAAUACUCUGUUUGCAACUAGG